AUUCAUUCAUCCACCUUCUCUCUCUCUCUCUGUCUCUUUGUCACUCCCAACCCUCUAACUCCAAAAAUCUAGCCUCGAAAUCGGGCAUCCAAAAUCUCCAAUUUUCACUUUACGUAAUCACCCUGUGUAGGACUAUGCCCUAUGAACCUUUUUGUCCAACCAAAACAAGUAAUAAAAUAAAUCAUAAAACUAAACCAAUAACCGAAUUAACCAUUUCAUAAUCAGUAUAUUUUGUUAUUUACAUGAGUAUCUACGUGGUCGUGUACUUUUCCGUUUGUUAUAUAUAAUUGUAACAAAUAUUUUUGGCUUUGGUAAAUUAGAUUCAUAUUUAUAUAAUUGAGUUCACUGUGCAGGAGGAGGCAGUGUAAGCUGAAGAUUAAGAUGGGUGGAGAUUGGAGCGUUGUAGUUGUACCUGCGAUGCGGUUGUGUUGUGAGUAACAAAGCAACAUUAACUAAACCAACAUGUGGCGUCGUUUGUUCUCUUGAAUCGAGGAAAAUAAGCAGGGAGAAAUUCUUUCUCAGCAUACUGCCUGCCUGCCUGCCUCCCAUUCAUGGAGGGAUCCAUCUUGAUGCAUCAAAAUGCUCCCUUUCCAUCCAUUCUCCAAAUCUAGCAUUCUUCUUUGGAUCAGACGCCAUUUUCUCUCCUCACUCUUCACCUCCAAACAAUCACUCACUACCACCUCUUCUUCUUCUUCUUCUUCUCUCUCUUCCCAUUUCACUUAUCCCUGCACCUUGUUACAUCUUUAUGCAAACCGUUAAAGUUAAACUUGUUCUCUGACUAGCUGCUUCCCUUCUCUCUCUUUCCUAAGAGGGUUUGCUUCAGUCUCACAGAAACCAGGCGUUCUUGAUAGAUAGUCACCAUGAUAAAGCAAAUUCUUAGCAAAUUGCCAAAGAAGGUGCCAAAAUCCGAGUCAUCAGAUUCUUCGAGGAGUGAUUCAAGCAGUUCUACAAGUUUUGGGAAUGUUUUUCAGUGUACAAAUGUUGGAAGCACCAUUUCAAGCAAAUUAAAUGUUGUGAAGAGAGUAUCUUCGGUUGUUUUCCCUGCAAGCAUGAGUGCUGGAGUGGAAGCAGUUGACCCGUGUCUGUCCUUCAAAGAUGUCUCAAACACACAGAAGCAAAGCCUGUUCAUUAGUAAGUUAAACCUUUGCUGCAAAAUUUAUGACAUGAGUGAUCCUGAUAAGAACAGUACAGAACAAGAUCUCAAACGACAAACGCUGUUGGAGCUUGUUGAUUUUGUUUCUUCUGGAUCUGUCAAGUUCACAGAACCAGCAAUCGCGGCUUUGUGUAAAAUGUGUGCAACUAAUUUGUUCAGGGUUUUCCCACCUAAGUUUCGAACAAGUACUGCUGGUGGAGAAACAGAAGACGAGGAACCUAUGUUUGAUCCUGCCUGGUCUCACUUGCAAGUUGUUUAUGAUCUACUCCUGCAAUUCAUCAACUAUAACUCUCUUGAUGUGAAGGUGGCAAAAACACAUAUAGAUCAUGCUUUCAUUUUAAGAUUACUUGACCUUUUCGAUUCUGAGGACCCCAGAGAAAGAGACUGCUUGAAAACAAUUCUGCAUAGAAUCUAUGGGAAAUUCAUGGUUCACAGGCCUUUCAUACGGAAAUCUGUUAGCAACAUCAUCUACCGGUUUGUUUUUGAGACAGAGCGGCAUAACGGAAUCGCAGAGAUGCUUGAGAUUUUUGGGAGUGUGAUCAGUGGAUUUGCCUUGCCAUUGAAGGAAGAGCAUAAGAUAUUUUUGUGGAGGGCUUUAAUUCCUCUGCACAAACCUAAAUCUGUUGGCAUUUAUCACCAGCAGUUAACAUAUUGCGUUGUACAGUUCAUAGAAAAGGAUCAAAGACUGGCCAGCUCGGUUAUAAAGGGACUAUUGAAGUACUGGCCAGUAACAAACAGCCAAAAGGAGCUCAUGUUCAUCAGUGAGUUGGAAGAGAUUUUGGAAAUGACUAGCAUGGCAGAGUUUCAAAAGAUCAUGAUCCCUCUCUUUCGACGAAUGGCUCACUGCCUUAAUAGUUCUCACUAUCAGGUGGCUGAACGAGCACAUUUGCUAUGGAACAAUGAGCACAUUCUGAAUCUGAUAACGCAAAACCGACAGGUGAUUCUGCCUAUGGUGUUCUCAGCACUUGUACAUAAUGCUCAAAGUCACUGGAACCAAGCAGUGCUGAACCUGACUCAGAACAUAAGGAAGAUGCUGUCACAGAUGGACGAGGAGCUGGUACUAGCAUGCCAACGAAAGAUUGAGGAAGAAGAUUCAGGUGCAAAUGCUGCAGCCGAGAGGAGGAGAGUAACAUGGGAACGCCUAGAAGCUGCUGCUGCUGCUGCUGGCAGUGUUCAAUCUUCUUCUGUAGGUGGUGGUGAUGUUUUAGUCCCAGUAAAAUCUGCUACAUGCUCAGUGGCAUGCUAAGCUAAUUAACUGGUUUGAGUUAUGAUAUGAUAUGAUAUUGUGAUGAUGAUUAUGUAAGCCUAAUUAAGGUUCUAAUUAAAUUACAUAAUAGUGGUGUGGUUCUUGAGUUAUUUAUUUAUGUACACAAAUACAUAUCAUACUUAGUAGCCUAAAGAAAGUGUGGUGAGUGAGGGAGAAUAGAUAUAUUAGAAGGAUGGUUAUUUGAAUUGAGAAAAGAAAGUAGGGAGUGUUAUUUUAUUAUUGUAUUGUUGUUAGGAGGAGCAGAAAAGAGCAGAGAAAGCAUGGCAGAGAGAGCAGGUGUGGGGGUGUGUGUGUCGGUGGGUUAUUCGUGCGUGCAAUUAUUUGCAGUGUCAGCACCGUAACCCUGACUCUUUUUAUUCAGUUUUCUUACCUUCUAGGACCCACCUUAGUCCCUUUUCUGCAACACUCUAUUCUAACCCUCUCUCCCUAUUAUGCAAACUUAAAACCAAAUGAGUUACAUCUA